AUGGAUUUCGAAAGUUUUGUCGCCUCGGUGGGUGACUUUUUGGGGCCCCCCGAUCUUGAUGGAUUUGAUUUCGAAAACAAAUAUAUGUCACCGAAGUGGCUUAACGACGUCUUCUCCAUAACCCCCCAAUCGCCCGCAGAUUUUGUUCCUCCACCGACUGGAGAGAACAGGAGUAUGUCAUUGGAACUCAGAGCAACUUCCUCGGAACCACAAAGUUGUCAGAAUCCCCAAGGUCUUUGCAUCAGCCUGGCAACUGGCCUGCUCAAGUCAUUGCAUUCCAGUUCGCAAUCAUGCCUGUUAGGCAUGGCCAACGAGCACACUCAGCCACCAAUGUCUCGGGCAGUGGACACUGUCUUGUCCGAUAACUAUGAGGCUUUGCAAGCCAUUCGUGGCUUACUCCGAUGCCCCUGCUAUUACACAAGCCCUCAGCUGCAGCUCCUUGUGACGACUUUGUGCGCAGAGGCCAUCGCCUGGUACUGGCGCAUUAUCGACACUUAUAGCCACUACCGUAGCACCAAUAUGGAUAGCGGCAAUCUAGUGGCCGAGAGAGUCGAGCUGUCGCGACGAUCUUUCUUCAUUGGUGACCAGUGCCUGGAAAGCCAUUUGGAGGCGAAGCUAAUUGGCCAAGUUAUUUCCAGCAGGCUGCAGGAACUGGAAGAUCUGAUCGGAGACAUUUCUUGGAACACGGAACAAUCUGCAGCAAUUACCAGCGAAACUAAAAAUCACCCAAUGUAUAGUGCAGUGCACAUCAGAAUGGAUGCUUUCCUCAAUACUCAAUUAGCUGCUGUUCGACGGGAGCUACUCAACCUACAAGAUGACUCUCGGGGUUGUCAUAAAGAGACUGCUGGUCAAGGACAUCACACAUCAACUACUAGAUGA